AGGCCUGAUCCCAGCAGGAUCUAUAAAGAGGACCGGUCAGAAGCUUUGCACCCGAUCUGGUCUGAACUUAACUGAACAAAGUCACAAUGGGCAAGAUUAUCUUCUAUGAAGACAGGAACUUCCAGGGCCGUAACUAUGAGUGCAGCAGCGACUGCCCCGAGAUGCAAAGCUUCUUCAGCCGCUGCAACUCCAUAAAGGUCGACAGCGGCUGUUGGGUGGCCUACGAGAAGCCCAACUACUCCGGCUACCAGUACAUGCUGCACAAGGGAGAGUAUCCCGACUACCAGCGUUGGGCCGGGUUCAACGACUGCAUCCGCUCAUGCCGCAUGGUGCCUCCUUACAAGGGCAACUACAGGAUGAAGAUCUUUGAGCGUUCUGACUUUGCCGGACAAAAUCUAGAGCUGGUGGAAGACUGCCCAGAUCUCCACGAGCGCUUCCACACCCGUGACAUCUCCUCCGCCAACGUCAUGGAGGGCUACUGGAUGCUGCACGAACACACCAACUACAGGGGGCGCCAGUACUUCUUGCGUCCGGGAGAGUACAGAAGGCACAGCGAGUGGGGAAGCACCAGUGCUACCUUUGGCUCUCUGAGACGUGUCACAGAGAUCAACUGAUUUAUAGUUCAUUUUUCUUUUUUUAUCCCCUCUGAGCCCCACUCUUUAACCCUUCCCCCUUUUGUUUCUCAGGUGCCAGCUCUGUUGGAGCGUGGUCUCAGCUAUGUGGUCUCCAAAC